UUGGGCAAACACCAAUAUUUUUUUUCAGUUUGUUUUAUUUGGGUUUCAAACAUUGUUGGCCCCAAUUUAGCUCCAUAUAGUACUGAGUACCAGAGGUCCCGGCCCAUUUAAAACCCACGAGCAUGUUUUGGGGCUUAUGGAAGGAAGCUGGUAGUCUCUGUCCCGGGCCUUAUUUUGAAAAGCUCAAUCGGAAACAGAUUCCCUCUCACGCCUAACUUGACCUCAGUGUUUUAGAGCGGAGGAGCCCGUCUGCUGGAGGGACACUGAGGAAAAGUUGGGCAAGAUGGCAAAUCCCGCAGACCUGGAGUGACGGGGCGGCGCUCCCCCCACCCCAAAAAAAAAAGAAAAAAAAAAAAAGAAAAAAGAAAAGGAAGGAGAAGGAGACCGUCCUGACAGAAACCCGACGAUGCAGCCCGACCCAGCAGGCGUACAGGGACUCCCUGAAGAAAUGUGCCAUUGAGGCUGGAGAUGAUGUGACACAGCCCGAGCUGGAACUGCUGACUCAUCAAGAACCCCUCCAGGAGCCAAAAGCAGCUCCGAUCACCCAAUGCCCAGCUAGAGGAGCACCUCGCCCCCUUCAGUGCCACCAAAGGAUCAGCCAAGAGGAGGCGGUGGGCAGGAUAACAUCCGACACCAGUUUCCCCAGGUUCUGGUUAAUAAUGGCUCGCUGCUUCAGCUGAUCUGACCCCUCCUAACUUUACUGAAGUCAGGAUCUGGGAGCUUUCUGAGGGGAGUCGCCCCCCCACCCUCUCACCCGGUUGGCCUCCAAGCCCGCCUGGCAGACCAUGAUGUUUCGAGAUCAGGUUGGUGUGCUGGCCAGCUGGUUCAAGGGUUGGAACGAGUGUGAGCAGACCGUGGCCCUGCUGUCUCUGCUGAAGAGGGUGAGCCGGACCCAGGCCCGCUUCCUGCAGCUCUGCCUGGAGCACUCCCUGGCCGAAUGCACCGAGCUGCAAGUCCUGGAGAGAGAGGCCAACGAUCCAGCUACCAUCAGUCAGUGGCAGGGAGAGCCAAAGGAGCGCGUCAUCUCUCUGGUUCUGGCACAUCUUCCUCUCCUGAAACCCGGAAACACCGAAGCCAAAGGAGAAUACAUGCGUCUCCUGCCGCGCAUCUUGGCUCACACCAUCGAGCACGGCCAUCACCUGGAGGAGUCCCGUCAGCUCCUGUCCUACGCCCUCAUCCACCCCGCUACCUCCCUAGAAGACCGCGCUGCUCUGGCAUUGUGGCUCAACCAUCUGGAGGAGAGGGCUGCUGCCCGAGGAGACUCGCUGGAACGACCCCCUCCUGCUGGACCACACCACCACCACCACCACCACCACCACCAGUCUACACCUCCAUCCACGCUCCCCUCCUCAGGAUCCUCCUCCUCCACUAACAACUCCUCCUCGGGCCAUCCCUUCUGCUCACAUCACCACCAGCGUUACGGCUCAGAUGACCGCCUCAACGGGUGGCAGAGCUCCCGGGAGUCAGGCGUGGUUGGAGGGUGGCAGCAGCAGGGCUGUGAAAACGGGCACCUCCUUCUCUACCCAUCAUCCUCUGUGCCAGCAACCAUUAACACAGUCGGAACCGGCGGAGGAAGCGGCACUGUGUCCAGCAGUGGUGGUGGCAGUCAGCAGCACACUCCUCUGAAGCGCUCCGUAUCCCUAACGCCUCCCAUGAGUGGCCCCAACAACCAGCCGCUGGGCCACGUCUGGUUGUCCCAGGAAGACCUACGCACCGCCAGAGGGCCAGCUCCAGACCACGCCCCGCUCUCCCCGCAGAGCAGCAUCGCCUCCUCCGGCAGUGGAGGCAGCGAACACCUGGAAGAUGCUGGUUUAGGAGGUGGUUCGGCCCUACAUCGUAACUCCUUUCAUGAGGAGGGCAGUGGCAUGAGGGAUGUUCCUGCGUGGCUGAAGAGCCUUCGUCUUCAUAAGUAUGCUGCUCUCUUCUCCACGAUGACCUACGACGAGAUGAUGUCUUUGACAGAAGAUCAGCUGGAGGCACAGAAAGUUACCAAAGGAGCACGACACAAGAUUGUCAUCAGCAUUCAGAAACUUCGGGACAGGCAGAACUUCCUGCGCAGUCUGGAAAAGGAUGUCUUGGAGGGCAGCAGCCUGCGGGCCCCCCUGCAGGAGCUGCACCAGAUGAUCAUGACACCUAUUAAAGCUUUCAGUGGGGGGGAGGAAUCCUCCCUGCAGCGCCCUCUGCUGAGCUCCGAGAGCAAGAGCGCUGCCCCCGGCUCUCACCUCAGCGGGGGAGGCGGAGGGGAGGCGGAGUCUGGGACCAGCGUCAUUGCUAAGGGAGAUCUUCCUGGACAGUUCACUCGGGUCAUGGGCAAAGUCUGCACCCAACUGCUGGUGUCACACUCAGACGAGGAGAACAUCAGCUCCUACCUGCAGCUCAUCGACAAGUGCCUCAUCCACGAGUCCUUCACUGAGACGCAGAAGAAAAGGCUGUUGUCAUGGAAACAACAGGUCCAGAGGCUGUUCCGGUCCAUUCCAAGGAAGGCCCUCCUUGACAUGGCGGGGUAUCGAGCGCAGAGGAGCCGUUUCGGGCAGUCCAACUCUCUCCCCACCACCGGCUGUGUGGUGAGCAGCGUCUCUGCCAGAAGGAGCCUCCACCAGUUCCAGAUGCCCUCCAGGAGCUUGCCAGGAGCCCGGCUGGGUCUGCUAGGAAGUGGGGGUCUGCUGGGAUCUACGCCGCGCAGCUCCAGCAGCACGCCCACCGGUCUGAAGCAGGGCAGACACGGACCAUGGUUUGCCAACCCAGGAGGAAGCAACAGCAUGCCCAGCAGGACCCACAGCUCAGUGCAGAGGACCCGCUCGCUGCCGGUGCACACCACGCCGCAGACCGUGGUCAUGUUCCAGCAGAGCGAUCUCCAGUUCCCGACGACGGAGCCGGACAUCAACAAUCGUCUGGAGUCUCUGUGUUUGAGCAUGACGGAGCACGCUUUGGGAGACGGCGCCGACCGCACAUCAACCAUAUGAAGCUGAGCGAGAGCAGCGGCGUGCCGCAGGUUCGAGGUUCCAGCCGUCGUCCCGUCCGCUCCCCUGCAGGGCUUGGCCAAAGGAGCAGAAGCGGGCCGAUCGUCAGACAUCACCUUCCACCGCCGGGAAACUGGCUCCCUGUAUGCUCCGCCUGAUGGCGGGAAACGCGACCCCAGACACCAAGCUAGCAGGGGUCUGCGAGGACGGGCCGCUCUGUAGGUCAGGACUCAGACGGUCAUCAACACACGGACAUUUCCUGGAGUUCAGAGCGGAACCGUCAUCCAAACGUUUGCAGUUUUUGGGAGGAUCAUGGGGCAAAAACAGCAUUUAUUGUGUUUUCUAUUUGGAUUGUUUACAAAAUGACAGUACUUUCAGAGGGUACCGACACGGUCUCACCUCUGCUUUGUCUCGUGUGAUCCAAAGCCUCGCCAUGGUAGCCUAGUGAAGGCUCCACGCCCUCCGAGUAGAGACGAGUUUCAAAUAACCUUCUUAUCCUUUAUUUUGAAGAUGGAUGCAGAGCGAGGCGUGCGGAGGAAGGAGUCAGAAAGUAGCAGAGGAAGGCAGGGAGUGAUGUUGAGAGGGGAAGCGGAUGUUUGAUCAGAGGCAGGACCUUUGAAGACCACAGGAAGAGGACGUCGUGUCUGAAGGUGCACCAGGAAGUGAACGCAUCCCAGUGUGGACUGUCAGAGCUCUUGAUCCAAAGCCAUGUACGCCGCCUAUAGUUUGUUUAUAAUAUCCAGGGGGGGGUCUUGUUUGCACAUGCAGAUGCUGGUUUGGCUUCGUCACUGACGCCCAGUGAAAUCCUUCAGCUCUGAAGGCAGGACAGCAAAGAGGGGAGAGGAGAGACUCACAGGUUCAUGAAGAAGCUCUCCACGUCUGUUUGGCGCCACCUACUGGCCAGACUCGCCACUUACAGGCAGUGUGCUACAGGUGACAGAGGAAACUGAAACGGUCUGUUUCAGAAGCAGAUUUUUUUUAAACUCAUGUUAGUUUUGUAUCUUCAAUGGUCAUAGUGAGUUGUUCUGUCUGGAUGCAGACAGAAAAAGGAUGUGGUCCUGGCUGUGCUGCAUUCAGACCAGUUCCUCCUUUAGUUUCUUCAUCCUUCGGUCCAUGAGAAUGAUUUGAUUCUGCACUUGUUAGGAUAAUGUGAGAGUUUAAACCCAGUGCAGCUAAAGACCAGCCAGUGACCAUGAGGAGCGCACACUGUCACCUGUGAGCGCACACAACAUGCAGUCAUCCAGAAACACAAACCACACAAAACGGUUUUUAUUCACAGCAGACCAAAGAAAACACAAUCUUUCUCAUGAGAAAUGUUCCUCUUUCCUCCACUCAAUGUUUCUGUGGGAGAUGAGUUUAGACACCAAACCAGCAGAGAAAACCAAGAUUCUUCAGCUGCACCAGGACUGGCUGUAAACCAGCUACUUUAGACGCUGCUGGCGCCUGCAGCAGCGUUUAGUGGAUCAACAUGGAAAGGAUUUGUUUUCAGUGUUCUGUUGGAAUCAAUAUUGGCUUGUAGCAUCUUAAAAAAGACAGAAAUUAGCUUGUUUUUGGGGUUCUAACUAUGAUUUCUGGACUCUUGAGUUGGGACCUCCUCUGGGCUGAUGGAGAAACCAGUCGAUUCCAAACAUGUCUGGGAUCUGCGAUGCAUUCAGGGACAGAAGGCGGUUGGAGUCUCUGUCGUGUGAUUGGACGUUCAGACCCGAUGGCCGUGCCUUCUCGGUGUUGGUUUGACGUGAUGCUUCAGCAUCCGUGCUUCUUUCAGCGUCUAUGCCAUAUGAACAAGUACUUAGUCGAGACAAUUAUUUAUUCUUUUGUGUAUUUCUGCAGAGGUGAUGCUGAUCAUUUACUAUUUAAAGUACCAUUUGUAUUAACAUGUUAUGGCUGGUGACCAUACAUACAUCUCAAACAUAUUAACAUAGUUAUUGUUGAUGUUUUUGUUUUAGUGGUGAAGGUCUGUCGUGUUGAGGGUGUUCCUCUGGGAGCGGUUCACAGACCCCUGAGGAUUGUAGACGACAGUAGAACGGAUGGUUUUGGGAGAUGUUUUAGACGUUUGGAGUUGAGGUUAUAUUAUGCAGUAACAUUUUUUUUUUUUAUUACAAAAAAGUGUUUUUCCAUUAUUAUUACUUCCUAAAUGCUCCAAGUACAAGUUCCUGGCGGUCAGCAGAGGCUGUUUUCACCUGAACUCUGGAGCUCAGUCGAGUGAGUUAUGACUCCACCUCACUGAUGUGUCGGUGUUAGAACCACUUCCUGUUCAGGUGUUCUACACCCUAAAUCUGGUCCGGUGAUCCUGUAAACGGAUCUUUCAGGAAACCUGAUGGACUUUCCUGCAGUCGUCUGUCUGCAUGUGUGCAUUUGUGUUCUUCCUUUACAUCUACAAACGAGCAGUUUUGUUGGGGGUGGAUGGAUGUGACGGUCGCUGUGUGAGCGGAGAACAAAAGACCACGCAAACGCCAGCCAUCACUUCCUCCUCAAACAAAGGGCCGCAGCAGCAUCAAACCCGUCCGGCAGACCUGUGAGGUCCACAGGGAAUCCAGGUCCAGUCUAAUUAGAACCAGAUGAGGCCGGAAGUUCAAAGAACCAGAACUUACAGAACCAGCUGAGUCAGCGUUUUUCAACCAGUUCUCUGCGGUUCUGGAACCAAGUGUUCCAGCAGGUCAGCGCUCUCCCGCUGCACCAAAGCCGGAAUCUGUUGAAGUGAGUUCUGAAGAACCAGGAAGUCGGUCCGUGAGCACAGCUGCUGGGUGUUAUUGUGGCGUAUAUUCUUCAGCGACCUCACUUCAGGUCUCUCAGUGCAGCUGAUGUGUCGACAGCGUUCCCGCCGGACUGAGUCCUUUCAUUUGAUCAAAGAGCUUAUAUCCUGUAUUGACUGCAGGCUAACAUGUAUUUGACUAAAGAAUAUGAUAUGUUUAGUAACUAAACAAUGAUAAUAAAAAAAUAAAGAAAAUGUGAAAACUAGAGAGGAGGAAAAGGUUUUUGUUUUUUAAAGCUGCACACAAAGAAACUCUGGAUUUGGAUCCCUGCAGGUCGUCUUCAUCACGUGGGAUGCUGGAGUUGUGAUUCUAGAAGAUUGGAUUGUUCACACAGAGACUGGCUUGUGUUUAUGUUUAGUUUUCAUUUAAAUAAAAUCAUUUCCUACA